AGCUGACGUAAUCAUUGCGCGGGUCUGUCAAAAAAAGUAUCUUAAUUUUACCCACCUAGCGCUUCUGCUGAAACUCGUAAUGACUCUAUGGCUUUAGUUAAUGUUCGGGUGAAUUUUGUAAGUCUUCGGGAAAAUUGUUACUCUUAAGGCGCAUUUUUUUCGUUAACGGAAAGUCGAGCGUUACGUGACAGUCAAUAAAUUGGAUUAGCGCUAAGUCAAGUCACCGGUGAAUGAUAGUAUUGUAAACCUGGCUAGCUAGCUAAACGGACAGCUCUUCUAUCGUCUGCAUGCAAUAAGAGGUUUAGGUCUUCAGUAGCUGUCAGCUGGUGUAGAAGUCAUUGGGCCAUCAUGGAGAGUUACAGUCAGCGGUUUGAAUCCACCACCGGACGGGACAGUAAAUCUCAAAAGAAGAAGGGCUCCACUUCGUCAUACACCGAUGACGGAGACCGCAAACCAAAAUUUCACUUACCCUUUAGAAACAUCACAGAUGAUGUGCUGGACAGAUUUGCCAGUAUACGGAUUCCCGGUAGUAAAAAGGAGCGUCCACCCUUGACACAAUCUAAGCACAAUGCAAACGACUGGUCCAGUUCUUCAUCCUCCACCUCACAUCAUUUUGAGGAACUGUCGUCAAAGAUAAACUCAGAAAAGGAGAUCUUGGCUCUUUUUGAAAAGAUGAUGGAAGACAUGAACUUGAAUGAGGACAAAAAGACUCCUUUGAGAGAAAAGGACCUCAACACAAAGAAAGAAAUGGUCAUUCAGUAUAUAUCAACUGCCUCUAAAACUGGCAGCUUGAGAAACAGCCAUCAGAUAUCUCCCCAGGAAUUCCUUAGUGAGCUGAAGUCAGGGGUCAUGGAUGAACGUCUGUUUUCCUGUCUAGACUCACUGCGAGUGUCCCUUACCAGCAACCCCGUCAGCUGGGUGCAAAACUUUGGGCAUGAAGGUCUUGGACUGCUGCUAGACAUUUUGGAGAGGUUGCUAUUCAAGAAACACCAAGAGAAAAUUGACAAAAAGAACCAACAUAAAGUUAUCCAGUGUCUCAAAGCCUUCAUGAACAACAAGUAUGGCUUGGAUCGAAUUCUGGGGGAGGAGAAAAGUCUUGCUUUACUGGCAAGAGCCAUUGAUCCCAACCAGUCUGCAAUGAUGACUGAUGUGGUAAAGCUGUUGUCGGCCAUCUGCAUUGUAGGAGAAGAGAACACUUUGGAGAAGGUCCUUGAAGCCAUCACCACAGCGGGGGAAUGGCGAGGCAUUGAGAGGUUCAGUCCCAUUGUGCAAGGACUACGAGAUCGCUCAGUUCAAUUACAAGUGGCAUGCAUGCAGCUCAUCAAUGCACUAGUAACAUCCCCUGAUGAGCUGGACUUCAGGCUGCACAUUAGAAAUGAAUUUAUGCGCUGUGGCCUGAAAGAGAUAUUGCCGCAACUGCUAGUCAUCAGGAAUGAGGCCCUUGACAUUCAGCUCAAGGUAUUUGAGGAGCACAAAGAAGAGGACAUGAUGGAGUUCUCUCACAGACUGGAAGACAUUAGGAGUGAGCUUGAUGAUGCGGGCGAUGUAUUCAGUAUUGUGCAGAGCAUGGUAAAGGACAGCAGUGCAGAGCCAUAUUUCAUCUCUAUACUGCAGCACCUCGUGCUUAUACGAAAUGACCACUUGAUCAGGCCACAGUACUUUAAGAUCAUUGAGGAAUGUGUUUCUCAAAUUGUGCUCCACCGUAGUGGCACUGACCCAGAUUUCAGUUAUCGCAAGCGCCUCGAUGUCGACUUUAGCCACCUAUUAGAGGUGUGCGUGGAUAAAUCUCGAAUAGAUGAAUAUGAACAACGAGCUUCGGAACUGGCACAGAAGUUUGAUGAGGAGUUUCUAAGCAGACAGGAGGCACAAGCUCAGCUGGUCAAGUGUGAAGAAAAAAUAGCUGAACUCCAAGCAGAGCUACAGGCCUUCAGGUCCCAGUUUGGAGCUGUACCUGUGGGGCCGGCCUCUGCCAAUGCUGGACAGGCAUUAUCUUCUUCAACAAUCCCAUCUGGGGUUCCAUCUCCUGCUCCAGCAUCUCUUGGGCCAGUCCCACCACCACCUCCCCCUCCGCCUCCGUUACCUGGUUGCCCUGCACCACCUCCACCACCUGGAAUGCCUCCUCCAUUUGGUGCUCCCCCACCACCCCCUCUUGGAUUUGGGGGUGGUCUAGGCUCACCUACCCACCACACUCUGCCUUAUGGCCUCAGGCCAAAGAAAGAAUUCAAGCCUGAAACCUCCAUGAAGCGCCUGAACUGGUCCAAGAUUCGUCCCCAAGAAAUGUCAGAGGGCUGUUUUUGGGUGCGGGUUGAUGAGGACCAGUAUGCAAAGCCAGAUCUGCUCAACAGAGUUGCUCUUACUUUUGGAUCACAGAGAACAGAAACAAAAGACUGUGAGGAGAGUGUACCAGCAGAGGAACCACCUAAAAAAGAAGAGGACGAUACAGAGGAUAAGAAAUCCAUAAAGAAGAGAAUUAAAGAGCUGAAGGUGCUCGAUCCGAAGAUUGCACAGAAUCUGUCCAUCUUCCUGGGCUCCUUCCGCAUCCCUUAUCAGGAAAUUCGACGCAUGAUAGUGGAGGUCGAUGAAGAGCAACUCUCUGAACCUAUGAUCCAGAACCUUGUAAAACACCUACCGGAGCAGGAGCAGCUUAAUGCGCUGGCCACAUACAAAAAUGAGUACUCUAAUUUGUCAGAGCCUGAGCAGUUUGGUGUUGUGAUGAGCAGUGUGAAGCGGCUGCGUCCUCGCCUCAGCCACAUCCUCUUCCGGCUUCAGUUUGAGGAGCACGUAAACAAUCUGCGACCAGAUAUUCUGGCCGUAAACGCCGCAUGUGAUGAGGUCAGGAAGAGCCGCUCCUUUGGCCGCUUAUUGGAGCUGGUGCUACUACUGGGGAAUUACAUGAAUGCGGGCUCUCGAAACGCCCAAUCAUAUGGCUUUGACCUGAGCUCCCUUUGCAAGCUAAAGGACACCAAGUCAGCAGAUCAGAAGACAACAUUACUUCACUUCCUGGCACAAGUAUGUGAGGAGGAAUUUCCAGAUGUGGUCAAGUUUCUUGACGACCUAGAGCACGUGGAUCGAGCUAGCAGAGUGUCUGCAGAGAAUCUGGAAAAGAGCCUCAGGCAGAUGGAGAGGCAGCUGCUGCAGCUGGAGAGAGACCUGGAGACUUUCUCCUCCUCCGAUGACCCCAACGACAUGUUUCUCACCAAAAUGGCUAGCUUCAGCAAAGUUGCACGGGAGCAGUAUGACAAGCUGGUGAUCAUGCACGGCAACAUGGAGACGCUGUAUCAGAACCUGCUGGAGUACUUUGCUAUUGAUCCUAAGAAGACUUCUGUGGAGGAGCUGUUCACUGAUCUCAGCAACUUCCGUUCAAUGUUCACUCAAGCACUGAAAGAGAACUUCAGGCAGAGGGAGACGGAGGAGAAACAGAGGAGAGCGCGGGCAGCAAAGGAGAAGGCAGAGCGUGAAAAGCGGGAGAGACAGCAGAAGAAGAGGAGGUUGCUGGAAGUCAAUGCAGAGAAUGAUGAGACAGGUGUGAUGGAUAGUUUGCUGGAAGCCCUACAGUCAGGAGCUGCAUUCAGAGACCGCAGGAAGAGAGCGCCAAGACCCAGAGGUAACCACCACCAGACGAUCAGCCCCAGCUCCUUCCGCCAGGUCCUCAGGCCUGUUAACUAUGAAAACAACAAGGCACCUUUACAAAGGUCUCGCUCUCGGCAGAAUAUAAAUGUGAGUUCAGCGGCGGUGAAAGCUCCCUCUGCCCGGGAGGCCCAUAACGAGUCUGAGAGCCAUCCAUCUGCAGCCAGAGCCAAAGCUGCUGUGGGUUCAGAGUCGGGCCGCGGGUACAGGAACGUGGCGGGUCACGGCUAUGGGCCGGACAGAGAGAGGGUGGUGGAGAGAGUUAAAGCGACCGAAAAAGAGAUGGAGGUUGGCACAGGGAGCGCGGGAACUCCAGCCUUCCAGUCAUCCUCCUUUAGUCCCACAGUGAGCAGCUGUGGCACCAAUGGAGAGUCAGAUGUAGAGGCACUCCUCGCCAAACUAAGAGCCUUGUGAGGGUCAUUUCUUAUAUUUGAAAGAAAAUAUACAUAUAUAUAUAUAUAUAUAUACAUUUUUUUUAUAUACAGCAUAUAGUACGUUUCUGCCCACACAUUUAAAUAUACUCUGAUUAUAACCUUAAAGGUCAUAAUCAAAAGCUUUGUUAACAAGAGGAAAUGUAAAUAAAUAGCUGGGCAACUAAAUAAUAGCUAUGCAUUUGUUUAGAAACGGUAAUGAAUUCAUGGACCAUGUUUUUAAGGCUCAGUGGUACAAAAAAAAAUCAUUUUCUGGCAGAUGGAGCACAGAAAGCUGAUCGCACUUUGGCCUGCCCAAUGUCCUCAGAGGUUAUUUCUUGAAAAACUCUGAUUGUGAUUCAUUAGGAAUACUGAAGCGUAUUAGUUGAUUACAUUAUAGUUCAAAAAUGAAAAUGCACCCAAAUAGAUUCUGCCGUCUUUAUCUGAUCCUCCUCUGUGUGCCGCCAUUAACAUUUAUAAAUUCCAAAGAAUCAGAAUAUAACAGCUUUUCCUCUGAAAGCUGCAGAUGCCAUGUUGCUAAGCAUUUUUUUUUUUGUAAACCAUAAAAAAUGUUUAAAAACAAACUUUAAUCGCAUUUGCAUUUUUACAUCUUUAUCAUAUGUCUUGUCCUGUCUGUAUUUAUGUAUCACAUUAGUCAAGUACAAUUCAAAGUUUCAAACUUACAUUUGUUUGUAUAACUUUUGGGUUUUAUUUUUUUAUGUUUUCCUUUCUUUCUUUCUGUUCUUUAUAAGUUCUUUUUGUUUCCACUCCCUGUGUGUUAAUGGUCUGUCUCUGUGUUUAUAAAUGUUUUAAUACUUACGAGUUAUGCCACGGUUGCGCUUCCACAGGUCCUAAUAUUAGAUUUUGUUAGAGUUUGGUGGUACUGGACUGUUUUUUGGUCUCUGUGUAUUUUCUAGUGAAUGUAAGUCUUCAGAAAAGGGAACAAACUUUGAUCCAAAAUAUGGCACAAAGCACCAGAAUGUGUUUUUUUUUUUUUUUCUUCUGCACUGCAACUGAACUUACUUAACCAUACUUGUUAUAUCUCUCUGUAUUCCUAAUUUUUGUAGACAUAUUUGCAAUAAAAAAAAAAGUAAAAAAUG